ACGACUCGAAUCUCGAUGGACCUUCUUUCCGCUAGAGGAAAACUCUAUGGUGACGGGAGACGCCAUCCGGCCCCCGGAAGUGACGCACGAGAGAGGCGUCGGGCGGCAAAGAUGGCUGCGCGGGCUUCUCUCGCCGUUUUGUGUCGGCGCCUCUGGCAGAGUCCUGGGAUCUUUUCUCCAAGCCAUCCUAAGAACAUUACUACAAAGAGAGAUGGUUUUCUUCUGAACACCCAUUUGAAAUGGGUACAGUUUUCAAGCUUGCAUAUGGAUGUCAGGAGUGGUAUAGACAAACCUAAGAUCUCCAUUUCUGAUGAACCAGAUACAUUAUAUAAGUGCCUAUCAGUUUUGGUAAAAAGCCAUGAUAAAGCUGUAUUGGAUAGUUAUGAAUACUUUGCUGUACUUGCUGCUAAAGAACUUGGUAUCUCCAUUAAAAAGGUACAUGAACCUCCAAGGAAAAUGGAACGUCUUACUCUUCUCAAAUCAGUACACAUUUUCAAGAAGCACAGAGUUCAGUAUGAAAUGAGGACAUAUUACAGAUGUUUAGAGUUACAACAUUUAACUGGGAGUACAGCAGAUGUCUAUUUGGAAUAUAUCCAACGAAACCUACCUGAAGGCGUAGCCAUGGAAGUAAAAAAGACCAGAUUAGAACAGUUACCAGAACAUAUCAAGGAACCACUUUGGGAAAAGGUGGGAGAGGAAGAAAAAGCAAGCAGAGCAUGAAGAUAAUCUCUCUACAUCUGGUUUUAAAAUGUACACAUCCAUGUCACAAAUGAUUAUCUGCUUUUUUCUUGAUAUUAAGAAAUUUAACUUUGGUGGAGUGAACUACAGUGUAAAGGCAUCUUUUAAAAUUAUUCAUAGCCUUUAUUAUCUCAGGUCCUGCUUUUAGGUCAUUGAGCAAACUUUUUAAACUCUUGCACAAUAAAAGUUAUGUUAAAAUUUAUAGUAGAUGUUAAUUCGGUACCACUGAUUGACUGACAUUUGAAUGAAAUCUGUUCAUUUAAAAAUAAGUAUAUUGUUUGGAUUUUUUUCUUUUUUCAACUGUUGAGAAAGUAAUAAGCACUUUUAUUAUUUUAAUUGUGAAGCAUUGUCCUUUUUUUGAUAGAGGCCAAUAAUAUAGAAUUAUAUGUUCAGGAGGAAUUGGUCUAUUAUUGUCACUGCUAGUUGGUGUCUUACUGAGGUCCAGAGUAGGAAACAUCUUAUCUAAGAUCACAUAGGUAGUUAUUGUUCAGGUCACUGAGAUAUAUCAUGACUCCUGUCCAGUUCUCUUUCUGUGCUUUAAUUUAUUAUUUUAAUCAUUAUUUUACUUUGGCAUCCUGCUAAGGUAUUGUCAGAUUUUUAAAUUUUGGGUUGCUUGAUUCAGACUCAAUUCUUUAAAAAUUAGGAUUUAGUUUGAGUUAAUAAAAUAAUCAUAUUUGUAAUAUUCUUAAAGGAUUAAGGGUGAAAAUGUGAUAGUGUUGCCAUGGGUUGCAAUAAAUGUUGCUUUAUAAUUCAAAUUCCAAACUUUUUUUACAUGGGCUAUGUAGUAGUGACAUGUGAGUUCUCAGGAAAGUAGACACUGCAUUUAUUUUCUCAUUAAGCAUUCAUUACAUUGUUUGCUUUGAUAGGUGCUGUGGAAGAUGUAAAAUAAAGAAGAGUAAGAUGAGUGGUAGAAAGAAAGUUAGGGUUUUAUAUAUCACCUCUUGUUUUUACAUUAAUUGUAUUAAAUGUUUUUAUAACUA